AUGGAUAAAAAGAAAGAUAGUUCAGCAGAUAAAAAGAAGACAACAACAACUACAAAGACUGAAGAAAAAAAAGACGAAAAUGUUCUUGCAAAAGCUGCUCAUUCAAUUCGUGAUAAAGUUCAUGAAGUAAAAGAAAAAGCUCAUAAUAUGACUCAUGGUGGUGACGAUGAUAAAAAAGACAAAGACAAAAAAGAUAAAGAUGGUAAGAAACCAGAUCCAAAAUUAAAAGCAUCAUCAAAACCACCAAAAACGGGUGGAAAAGAUUCCGAUGAUGAUAAAGAUGAUGAUAAAUCAAAACCAUCUGAUGAUGAGAAAAUAGAUGGUAGUGGUGCUGCUCCUCCCGCUGCAAAACCACCACCUAACGGCGGUAAACCUGCUGGUCUACCAGCAGGUGUUGAUUCUACACCAACAGGUGAUCCUCUUAAAAAAAAAGAUGAUGAUUCUAAAUCAUCUGAUGAUGAUGAAAAAAAGGAUGGUGAUGAAAAAAAAGAUGGCGAUAAAAAAAAGGAUGGCGAUAAAAAAAAGGAUGAACCACCUGCCGGCGGUCCAUCUGGUAAAGCUGGUGCUCCACCAUCAGGCGGUAAACCAGCUGGUGAUGAUAAAGAAGGUGGUGGUGCUGCUGCUGCUCCUUCUUCUGGAUCAAAACCACCUGGCUCUGAUCCAGCUGAUAAAAAAAAUGAACCACCGUCAGGUGGUGAUUCGAAACCCCCCGGUGAUAAAAAACCAGCUGCUGGUGAUGCAGCUCCUCCUGCUGAUCAAAAACCAGCUGCUGGCGGUGCAGCUCCUCCUGCUGAUCAAAAACCAGCUGCUGGUAGUGCAGCUCCUCCUGCUGAUCAAAAACCAGCUGCUGGUGGUGCAGCUCCUCCUCCAUCUAAACCAGCUGCUGGUGGCGACGAUGAUAGUGAAAAACCUGCAGCACCACCAUCAAAUAAUGCUCCAGCUGGUGCAGAUACGACCAAUAAACCAGCAACUGAAGAAAAUCCCAAUGACCAAGUUCAUGUUUCGUUCGAUGGUGUAGAAACUGUUGAUGAUCUACUCGAACGAAUAGAUGAUGCUGUUGAAAGGGCGAAAAUUGUUGUAAAUAAUGGCAAAGAUCAAAAUGCUGCUGAUAAAACUGAAGGACAAAAUCCUUCAUCGCCUGAUGCUGAAAAAAAACCUGAUGGAGAUGAACCAAUUCGUAUUGUCUAUGGAGAUGUUCAUAGAAUAGAAGAUCUUCUUGAAGCAAUCAAUAAUCAACCAGGUACUCGAAAAAUCAUCUUGGAAGGUGCACCUGACCAAUCAAAUAAUGUUAGUGUGAAAAAAAACAGUAAUGCAUCACCACCUGCCGCAGCUUCUCCGCCAGCUAAUAAUGCAGACAAAGAUGCAUCAACUACAGUCAAAAAAACUGAAACACCAGAUAAAACAGAAAAAGUAGAAAAAACUGAAACUCCCGAUUCAAAAACAACUGCAAAGACCACUGAAAAACCAUCAUCAGCAAAAACAGAAGAAAAAACUGAAACUCCAACAGCUACAAAAACAGCUGAAACAAAAGAAACACCAUCAGAAACAAAAAAAGUGGAAAAAACUGAAACACCAGAUAAAACAGAAAAAGUCGAAAAAACUGAAACUCCCAAUUCAAAAACAACCGAAAAGACCACCGAAAAAUCAUCAUCAGAAAAACCAGAAGAAAAAGAUGAUGCUCCACCAUCUUCAUCAGCAACAAAAGUAGAAAAAACUGAAACUCCAAAUGCAACAACAACAGCAAAAACAACAGAAACACCAUCAGCAACAACAAAAGUAGAAAAAACUGAUACUCCAAAUGCAACAACAACAACUGCAAAAACUACGGGAAAUGCACCACCACCAAAUGAUAAAUCUUCACCACAAGGCGAUCAAAUCCAUGUUAAUAUUGAAAAUGUUCAAAGUGUUGAUGAACUUUUAGAUCGUGUUGAUGAAGCAGUUCAAAAAGUUCCAGUUGUCAUUGAUUUCUCACCUCAGGCAAAUAAAAAACAAGAUGCAUCAAAACCCAAUAAAGAUAAUACAACUGAAGUAGAAGUUGUAAAACCCGAAGAUGGAAAUGCAAGAUCUGGUAGUAUAGCAGCUUCAAUGAAAUUUCAAAAACGAAAUCCAGAAACCAAAGAAGAUAACGAGGACAAAACUGCAACAUUUUAA